CGCUGAGACCACUCUGGUAGGGACAGCCCUUCACAUGCUUCACAUCUACCCAUUAUUUGCCACAAGUCGGGAUGGACAAAACGAACCAGGAACUUAGCCAGGAAUUCUACAUCCAUUUCAAUGCGGCGCAAUCUGAACUUGCGUCACGGGCCAACGAAUUGAACUUGGGUAGCACAGACUCGAAAGCACUACAGCAGCUAUCAACCGACUUCGCUAAAUUGAGGAAGGAAUUAACGGACGCCACGAGCUUCCUGCCAAGUUAUGAUCAGAGACAAUGUGAACUGCGACUAAAGGAAGUCGAGGGGUCCCUAGAGAAACUCAGGACAGCCGCUGCACCGAAGCCGAAGUUCGCGUUUAAGCGCAAAGCGAAGACAUCUACUACAUCUCCAUCGCCAUCGUCUACCUCGUCCGCCUCGAAAGUUGCGCCCAUUACUUCAGCACUGGUAGAUGUCUCAUCAAGCACUCCCUCAAGCUUCGCUGGCGUGACACUAUCUGGCCGUAGCCACGAGUUCCUCGACCUGUCCUCUCUCCCACCUGUGGUUUCCGCUACGGAUCUCAUCAUUUCUGAUCUGGACCACUGCGUGGUGUACAUGCUCUCAGAGACCCGUUCCAAGGAUGGCGUUGCGCGCGAUGUCAAGAUUACCGCUCUCCAUGCGCGUAAUAUCAGAAACAGUGUAUUGAUCAUGCCCGUCAUCGACGGUAGCGCACUGCUCCACGAUCUCUCGAGAUGCGUCCUUGCUCUCGGCUGUCAUCAGUAUCGCAUGCAUAGUUCGACGCAGACGGACGUCUACAUAUCCCUUGCAUCUAAUCCGAUCAUUGAGCACUGCAAAGGGAUCCGAUUCACCAAGUAUCCUCGAUAUCUUCACAGCGCCGGCGAUGAACUACCGAGUAACCUAGCGGUGCAAGAUUUCUCCCAUAUACGCCCCACUCCCUCGCCGAACUGGUCCAACCUUCCGGAAGGCUCUAUACCACCAGAGGAGAGCUGGCCAAAGCACGGAGACUCGGACAAUGUCGAGGUUGAUCGUGUCCUUCAAAGACUACUGCCGUCCAGCACAUAAUUUCCAUGGGUCCAGGUGCAUUGUGGCCCGGAAUCUUCGGUUGAGCUUCCGCAAUAGACAUGGCGAUGCAGGCGGCAUUGCAUUUCACGUUGCAGGGUCCGUGAGCGUC